UUCUUCCUGUUUACGUUUAUCAAACUUACGUCAGGCUUAUGGUACUUUCGAUAGGAUAUAUUGACCGUAAGUAAAUACUAUAUUUAAUAUUUAAAAUACUGUCCUGCAGUGGGUCCGAGGACAGUGUAAGCCGUGUGUUCGGCUCGGUCACAGGGCCGGAGGGCGAUUACAGUCUCAUUUGGACCAAACACCAGAACUAGCUCUGCUAACUGCAAACGUCAACCGCUAGCUUUGCUUGCUAGCAUCCAGACCAACUCCAGAUCACCUGCCGGGAAAUGGCUUCUAACAUGGAGCGUAAAUACAACCUCAAGAGUCCAGCGGUGAAGAGGCUGAUGAAGGAGGCAGCAGAGUUGAGAGAGCCCACGGAGCACUACCACGCCCAGCCACUGGAGGACAACCUGUUUGAGUGGCACUUCUCUGUGCGUGGCCCCCCGGACUCGGACUUUGAUGGGGGUGUGUACCACGGCCGGAUCGUGCUGCCUCCAGAGUACCCCAUGAAGCCCCCCAGCAUCAUCCUUCUCACUCCAAAUGGGAGAUUUGAAGUUGGGAAGAAGAUUUGUCUGAGCAUUUCUGGCCACCACCCAGAGACAUGGCAGCCAUCAUGGAGCAUCCGAACGGCUUUGUUGGCCAUUAUCGGAUUCAUGCCGACUAAAGGAGAAGGGGCAAUUGGAUCUCUGGAUUAUACCCCUGAAGAGAGGCGAGCUCUGGCCAAAAAGUCCCAGGACUUCUGCUGUGAGGCAUGCGGCUGCUCCAUGCGCUCUGUACUCCUGACUGUCUCUCCCAAUAGCAGCCACAGCCCUGAGGUGCAAAAGGCUCAAGAACUGGCUCAGCAAAUCAGCUUCAAGGCCGAGACAAGUGUGUCCAGACAGGCCAGUGAAGAUAAUCCACCUGCUCUGGCUGUAAGGGACCUCCCUGAUCCUGCGUCUGCUUCGCCUGAGUCUCCAUCCCCCGAGAGCGAGCCUGUGACACUGCCUCCUGAGUCUGAGGUGCCCCGCCCAGUGCAGGUGGAGCCCUCGGCAGCGCCUCCUGGGAGGCCCCUGAGCCCCCGGCAGAGGCGUCAGCAGCAGCAGAGUCGUCAAGCCCAGAGGGAGCCUAGCCGUGCAGCCUUCACUGCCCCUCGCCAGGCUCCUGACAGCCACACGGGCUCUGCUGUGCUCAUUGUGCUGCUCACUUUGGCUCUGGCCACUCUCAUCUUCCGCAGGAUCUACUUGGCUCAGGACUACAGGCUGGAUUUGGACCUGUGACAGUGCUCUUUGACUCAUAUGGGUCAAUAUUCAUUUUAUGAACUUUGUCAAAUUUAUAUGAACUGAAGCUCCACGCAGCUCUUUUAACACAGUGCUCUUUGACCUUUAGUUAAUUAAAAGUGAUGGAUCAACAGCUGGUGACAUGGUUCUGUUGGACUUUUUGCUUCUUUUGUGCUCCUAUCAUUUACUCUUGCUGUUGCAUUGAAACUGUAUUUUACAAACAAAUGUACCAUUCAUCAUUUUAACCUAAUGAACAUUGGUUUUGGAGUAAUUCAUGCCCAUCUUAACUUUUUAAUGAUAAAUAUUAUUAUAAUUGAUAGAACUUUUUCCCUGAGAAACAGAAAGUGGGGACCAGCUAGAAUAAGGACAGGAAAACGUAUGUACUUUCUAUGUGUUUAAACCUUGACAUUGUCACUGUGAGAACCUCAGUCUGGCAGUGGGGUGGAACUCUGAUGAUUCUGCUGCUCAGAAGAAGUUAUAAUAAAUGAAAAAAAAAAUGUUA